AUGCUUCUCCCUGCUUUUCUCCUGCAACCGCUCCUCCUCGCAUGCUUCUUUUCAUCCUUUGUUCAUCCUAUGGAACCAAACGCAUCCAAAACUUGGUGCGCCAAUAUGUCCAUUCCUUAUCCUUUUGGUAUUGCUGGCGAUGGCGGGAGCCCCUUCCUGUCCCAAGGCUUCCAGAUAUCAUGUGGCUCCCGUAGAUCUGCUGCCUUGUCUGGACCCGGCCUGCCCAUUGGAAACAGGGUGUUUGGGAUUCUUGACAUCUCAUUGCUGGAUGGUUUUGUGACCAUAGCAGCUAGUGCCAGUUCUCAGCAGUGCAAGGGGAACUCUAGCUUUAACCUUGAGGGUACCAUCUUCACAUACUCAGAUACAAGAAACAAGUUCACAGCUCUGGGUUGUAACGUGGUGGCCAUGCUGUUGAAUGGCAGUAGCGGGUAUAGCGGUGGUUGUGCUUCCUUUUGCUCUACCAAAGAUAAUAUCGUUAAUGGUUCAUGCUCUGGUGUGGCUUGCUGCCAAGCUCCGGUGCCGAAAGGGCUACAGAAGAUGGAGCUAGAAUUCAGUAUUAUAUCCAACAAGUACAACAGCACUCCACCAUGCGGCGUGGCCUUCAUCGUGGAGCAGAACUCGUAUGUGUUUUCAAGUCUUGACUUGGAUAACAAGCCUCAAUACCGACCUGUUGUGCUUGAGUGGUCUAUAGAUGGUGGCAGCUGUGAAGAGGCAAACCAGUCCUCCACAUCGUAUGCCUGCCGGGAGAAUAGCUACUGCUACAACUCACCAAAUGGAAUUGGUUACCGCUGCAAUUGCUCCGACGGAUUUCAGGGGAACCCAUACCUGCCAGGGCCUGAUGGUGGAUGCCAAGAUAUUGAUGAAUGCACCACCACACAUCCGUGCACACAUAAGUGCGUCAACACAAAAGGUGGUUUCCACUGCAGGUGCCCCGCAGGGAUGAGCGGCGAUGGCCUCAAAGAGGGAAGUGGAUGCAAUGGAGUAGGCACGCUAACAAUUGCCGGAGUCACAGGACUAGCUCUGCUAGUGCUUCUCUUUAUUCUUGGUUUCUGGACCCAUUGGCUUGUUAAGAAGAGGAAACUUGCAAAGACAAGACAGAGAUACUUUAUGGAGAAUGGUGGCAUGUUGCUGAAGCAGCAGAUGUUUUCUGAGAGGGCACCGCUGCAUAUAUUCACCUCUAGUGAGCUUGACAAAGCAACCAGUAACUUCAGUGAUGACAAUAUUAUUGGCAGAGGGGGAUUUGGGACUGUGUACAAAGGCAUACUAUCCAACCAAGUGGUUGUGGCAAUCAAGAAGGCACAGCGAGUUGAUCAGACCCAGAUGGAACAAUUCGUCAAUGAGUUGAUCAUUCUUUCACAAGUGAACCACAAACAUGUGGUCCAGCUAUUAGGAUGUUGUCUUGAGACUGAAGUUCCUUUAUUGGUUUAUGAAUUCAUUACCAAUGGGGCCCUUUUUCAUCAUCUACACAAUACAUCAGCCCCAAUGUCAUGGGAGAACCGUCUAAGCAUUGCAGUUGAAACUGCAUCCGCACUUGCAUACUUGCAUUUAGCUACAAAGAUGCCAAUAAUUCACAGAGAUGUCAAGUCAUCAAACAUACUUCUUGAUGAGAAUUUCACCGCAAAGGUGUCUGAUUUUGGUGCCUCAAGGCCAAUACCCUACAAUCAGACCCAUGUGACAACAUUAGUGCAAGGGACACUAGGGUACCUUGACCCUGAGUACUUCCAGACAAGCCAAUUGACUGAGAAGAGUGAUGUGUACAGUUUCGGUGUGGUACUCAUCGAGCUACUAACAAGGAAGAAACCUAUUAUGGAUGGUAUGACGGUUGACGUGAGAAGCCUAGCCCUGCAAUUUAGUAUGUUAUUCCAUCAAAAUAAGUUGUUGGAGAUUGUUGAUCCUACAGUAGCAGAAGAGGCUGGAAUGCGACAUAUUGAAACGGUAGCAAAGUUGGCGUUACGAUGCUUAAGGUUGAAAGGUGAAGAAAGACCAAGGAUGAUAGAGGUUGCAAUUGAACUUGAAGCACUGAGAAGGUUGGUGAAACAACAUUUUAUCAUGAAGAGCGAGUCUUUGCUUCACGAGUCAUGGUGCCAUGAAGAGAUGAGCAUUGAUGCACCAUCGGAUUUUUGCCUUGGCGAUGAUGGCAUUCCUGGAGAUGAAAGCCAAGAGAUCAUUCUACUUCCAUCCAACAGUCUCUCAUCCUAA